UAAUAGUCUGCCAUUAUGCCUGUCCACGGUAUUUAUAUGUUGUGUUUAAUUUCAUUUGCUUUCGCCCAUGAUGCCAUCAGAACUCCGUUAUGUAAGCAAGCCGAAGAUCUUUACCGAUCUCUUUGUUAUCAAACGAUUCCUCUCAACCACGAGGAUUUAGAAGUUACACAAGGGUUACCUGGAAAGCGUGGCCCAAAGGGAGAAAUUGGGGAAACCGGACGUAGAGGAGAACAAGGAAUUCCUGGUGUUGUAGAUUAUGGUAAAGUUGAGAACAUAACGGAGGCAAAGAUGAAACUCAUUCUAAACCAACAAAACGAAAGAAUGACUGAAAUGGCGAAUAGGAUGGAUGAACUUGCAACAUCACUUUCAAGAGCUGAACAAAAAAUAACGCAACUGGAAACAAAGCAAGGAAUCUGUCAUGUGAAAUUUGAAAACUUUUGCUUCUGGGUCGAGAGAAGAACAGAGCUGAUCAAUUAUCAAGAAGGUGAACAACUGUGCUCAGGACGUGGAGGGUAUCCCGCUAAUAUUUAUUCGAAAAUACAUUAUGAAAUGAUCACAUCAUACCUUCGUACACAAAUAUGGGCAAAUGAAGACAUGAUCUAUGUCUGGCUUGGAUUGAAGUACAAUCUUUCAACCAAAGAAACAACAUUAUCUGACGGAAGUCCCGCACCCUACUUGCAGUGGCACCCUGGAUUUCCAAAAUCUAAUGCAAAUUUUGUAUAUAUUGGCAUGCACGCUAGGGUACCCUGGAACUUGUCAGGUCGUGAUAUGUACAACCAUCCGACCAUAUGGAAGAGACAAGGCGUUUUAUGUCAAAAAUAAACAUAUAUGGACAACAUAUAAUGAAACAAUUCUGUCAUUAAGAAUGAAAUAGUUAGUUGCAAUGUUUAGUUGUACUGAACCUCUUUUUCCGAGUAAUACUAUUCCUUUCUGCAAUAGUUCAGUCAUUUCAUAUUACGGUUAUUAUUCAUCGCCCAUAUAAUUCAGAUAAUUGGAAAUACGUUUUCAUUGUACAAACUAACAUUUGACAAAUUAGUUGAAUUUAACACUCGCAAGUGCGAUAAUAUUCGUAAUUGUUUUUUCAUAACAGCGAAAGAAAUUUUCCAAUCUUCAAUGAGCAGUAGAUUCGUGCGUACCACAUUUCUGUUUAUAUCAUACAUUAUUUUUAAAUCAGUGUACCUCACUUCUUCCUAUUCAUUGGUAUGACAGUGUAAUGCCAGAAAUAUCAGCAUUUAAAAUUUGCAACAAAUGUUUUCUGCUUGAUAAUGUGUUUUCGGUGUUUGUUAUGGCAAGGAGGUAUAACAACAGUGCAUUGCUAAAGUUAGGAAUAACGAUGAACAUUCCCCCCUUCUAUUUGAAUAGUCUGCUCCAUGGACGUCUAUUUGACUUCCAUAUAACGUCCUAUACUUCCAUAAUGCGCACUUUUAUAUGAACAACUUUUUCAGUAGGCCUAUCAAAUAUGGCUAUAAUUGAAUGUUCUUGGUAAUACAUAGAGACAUUAAACUAUAUCCAGUUGAUUGGUAAGUUGAUAAAUACUUCAUGUGCUAUUGUAACAGCAUUUGAAAGUAUCAUAUUUCCUUGGAGUAUACCG